UAUUUCUCUCUUUUUACUUGUGUUUUUGCAGACGGUGACUUUGUGUUCCAGCCUUUAUUACUGAAGUCUAUGGACAUAAACAAACAGUUAUAUGACGGAUCUCUACAUUGUGUCACUUUAAUUUGUGUGCACAUUUGUGGACACCUAAGGACACAUUAGGACCCCUGUCCUGCCAACCGAGCAUAUGAUGCAGCUUCGGCGUUAGUGACGGUUUGUUUAUUAUCUCUGUAUUUAAGCCGAAAUAAAGGGGUUUCUACAUGGAGACUGACAUUCUGGACUCUCUGGAGGAUUUGGGGUAUCAGGGGCCGUUGUUAGAUGAUGAAGCUCUGCAGGCGGCUCUCAGCGGCGGUGCUUCGUCUCCUGAGUUCACCAAACUGUGUGCAUGGCUCGUCUCCGAACUCAAACUGUACUGCAGACUGGAGGAGAACGUCCACGCCACCAACUGUCCAAGCGAGGCUGAGGGUUUCCAGUUGGAGAUGAGCGGUUUGCUAACAGAGUUAGCAUGUCCAUACUCCUGUCUUACACGUGGAGAUGUUACACACCGUCUGCUGAAUGCCAACAACUGUCAACUACUGCUCACGUUCCUGAUCUCGGAGCUGGAAGCUGCUCGGAUGUUGUUGGUGAACGCUCCUCAGAGGAAAGCUCAGGAUGUUGGAGGAGGAAGUGGCUGCAGUGAGCACUUCCUGGAGCUGAAGGGCAUCUGUGUGUCUCUGAGCAUGUCCAAGCCUCCUGCUAACAUCACCAUGUUCCAGUUCUUCAGUGGCAUCGAGAAAAAACUGAAGGAGGUUUUAUCUAAAGUUCCUCCUCGUCACGUCGGUGAGCCUCUGAUUACCAAAACCCUCGGUCCUCUUCACUGGGAAAAACUUGAAGUUAUUAACCAGGCUCUUGUGAAUGAGUAUGAUGUGAGGAGGAAGAUGUUGCUGAAGCGUCUGGACGUGACGGUACAGUCCUUCGGCUGGUCGGACAGAGCCAAGACUCAGACUGAGAAGUUGGCUAAAGUGUACCAGCCCCUGCGCUCAACGCUCGGCGGUAAGAGCCACGUGUCUGUCGCACACCUUCUCGCCGCCCGAGAGGAUUUAUCCAAAAUCCUUCGCACGAGCAGCGGCAAGAGCCGAGAGAAAACCUCCUGCGCCAUCAACAAGGUUUUGAUGGGACGUGUUCCAGAUCGUGGAAGACCAAACGAAAUCGAGCCUCCUCCUCCAGAGAUGCCGGUGUGGCAGAAACGGCAAGACGGUCCGACGGGGGGUGGCGGAGGGAGAGGGGGUGGAAGGGGUGGCUACGAUCAGCACCAAGUAGAUAAGGAGACGAGGAGUGAAGAGGGGAAAGAGGGAGUAAGUACAAGGACAAGGAGGCUGGUCAGAGGGUGGGAAUCAGGAUGGGUCAUAUCAAGACGUAAGAGGAAGAGAGGGUGCCGUGAGGCCUACUAG